AUGGCAGCUCCCAUAUCCUUCCCCUCCUCGGGCCCAGACACAUCCCACCUCCAGCCACCCGUACCACGCAGCGCCUACCUUCCCUUUCGCCGCAUUUCUCUACCCUCCCAGCCGCACCCAGCGCUCCAGCGGCAGUCGGUGGUCAGCUUCGCGUCGGUGGACUCGUUCGCCGAGGAGAGCACUAGUCCAAAUACCAAUGCCCAUGGCCAUACCCAGAAUGUCAACGCCAAUCCUAAUACUAUUCCCAAUCAGAACGGGGCAGCUACAAAUACCCCAGCACCGUCCACGCUUUCCCCCCCUCCACCGGGCAGCCCGAGCGCUAUAGGAUUCCCGACGGCGGCCUCGAGACCGAAACGGCGCUCGCUCAAUCAGCAGCCGACGCAUCUCCGGCCUGCGAGGCGUGCACGGGUGGUCGUGAACGAGGGGCGCGAGGCAAAGCGGCGGAAAGUAAUCACAGAGUUUGUGGACACCGAGAAGUCGUAUGUGGAUGGGCUGGAUCUGAUUUAUUCUCACUUCCUCACACCCAUCAUCGCCUCGCUCGACACCCCCAAGCCUCUCCUGACGCGCACAGAGCUCACCGCGAUCUUCUCCAACUUCAUCGACAUAUGGAACCUCCACCGCUCCUUCUACUCUGCCCUCUCCGCCUACCUCGCCGCAGCACCCGCAGCGCCAAACGGCACCGGGCGCCCGCCGUCCUUUCCGCCCUCGGCCGCACUGGGCAGUCUCGCAUGGGGCUCACAGACCUCGCUGCAAACGUCGGGGCUCGCAUCCUCCUCGCAGACGUCCCUUAACCAAACGCUGCUCGCCCCACCGACGAUCCCGCUCCCGCCUUUAUCCCCCCUCUUCCGCUCGCACUUCCCCUACCUCUCUUUAUACACCCCGUUCAUCACGUCCUUCCCCUCGUCGCUCUCCGCGCUCACGGCCCACCUGUCGUCUUCGCCCCAGUUCGCCAAGUUUAUACGGGCGCAGGAGGCGCACCCCGCGUGCGGGAAGCUCAGGUUGCCGGAUUGGCUGUUGACGAUCGUGCAGCGUUGUCCGCGGUAUCUGCUGCUGCUGAAGGAUCUGAUCGGGUGUACGGACGAGGCGGACCCGGAGAGAGCGGCGCUGGAGGACGUGCGUGGGCUCGUCGAGAAAAUAACAACCUCCCUCAACACCUCCCUCCACACACACGCACAGACCCUCGCGCUCCUGCACCUCCAGCGCGCAACCGCGCACCUCCCGCGCACGCUCGCGCUCGUCGCGCCCGGCCGCACACUCGUCAAGCGCGGGCCGCUCAGCGUGCUCGUGCUCCCCUCGGGUGCACUGCGCUCCCACGAGUUUCUGCUGUUCAACGACUGUCUGGUGUGGCUCGCUAGGGAGGGAUGCGAGGAGGAUAUGCCGCUGCCGCCUCUUGGUUUGAGCUUUGAAGACGACGAGGAGGGAGAUGGCGAUGCGUCUGUUGCGUUUCCUGGGGAGAGUGGGCAAGGACCGGGGGUAGGGGCAGGAGUGGGGAGAGCGAGAAAGAUCAGCAGACCGCUGAUGGUGCGCAGUCGGAGUAAGUCCGAGGCAGAGCUGGGCGAGUUGAGGGUGCAGCUGCAGCAGAGACAGCGCGGGCGCCUCGAUUCGGGCGCGGGGGCGGGGGCAGGGCGCGAGCCGACGAGGGGGUCGCCGUUGAACGACUCUAGGGCUCUCCCGGCUAAUGGCCAGGGAUCGCCAUCGCCGCCUGCGCGGAGUCGCGAGCGCGAGUUGCCGCCAGUGUCGGCGCCUGCGAUGCCUGCGCGGAGAAAGCAGCAGCAGCAGCAGAGGAAGUCGGCGAGCGAGCAGCAGGGCGAUGAGCGGUGGGUGUAUAGGGGCCAUGUUGCGCUUGUGGAUGUGGAGAUUGUGUUGGAUGUGUGUGAGGAGAGAAGGAUCGAGGUGUUGAGUCCGAGUGGGAGUUUUGCGGUGUAUGCUGACUCGAUCCAAUCAAGCAACGACUGGACGACCGCCCUGCGCUCCGCCAAAGCAUCCCUCCUCGCCUCGCUCAACACCAAACUCCCAAACUCAACACUCACCAGCUCCGCAUCGACCAACCACGUCCGCCGCGCCCUGCGCGCCCUCCCAUACGACCCCGCCCUAACCUCAACCUCGCCCUCCCCGCCCCCUCCUCCUCCCCCCGGCGGCGGCGGCGACCUCAGGGCCUCGGCAUCCGCAAGCCCGCCGCCGGCGAGAGAGCGCCGGCUGUCCUUUGCCCCGCUGUUGUCGCGCUCGACGUCGGCGCUGUUUGGGGGCACACCGUUUGCGUCGUCCUCGACGACGAAUCUUGCGCUGGACGCGGCGCCUGCGGAGGCGUUUGCGGCGUCUGCUAUUGCGGAGGACGAUGAGCUCGACGACGCAGGAACGGGAGCGAGAGGAGAAGAAGGGACAGGGAGGGGGAAGGGGAGAGGGAAGGGGAAGAGGGCGCCGGUGGACAAUUUUUUGCCGCCGGUGUGGAUCCCGGAUGCGCGGACGGACGCGUGUAUGCGGUGUGCGAGACCGUUUGGGUGGCGGUAUGCGAGGCGGAGACAUCAUUGUCGGCUGUGUGGAAGGUGUGUGUGUGCGGGGUGCUCUGGAAAGACUUUUUACAUCGUCGACGCAUCCGACUCCUCUUCCCCUGCGAAACCCGCGAGAGCGUGCAACGAGUGCUACGACACGGUGUUCCCCGUCCUCGGCCCCGCGCACGCGUACUACGACCCGCCGCGGAUCGCGCCGCCGUCACGGGCGCAGUCGAACCGCAACUCGCGUGUCGAUCCUGUCGCAGAAGAAGAGGACACCGAGCUCGACCUCGCGAACGCGACCAUCCGCCCGUCCAGAAUCGGGCUCGGGCGACUGAGCAGCGCGCCGAACGUGCUUCUCGGCUCGGCGUCCACCGACUCUCUGCACCGGGCCCGCGGUGCAUACGCCGGGGAAGGAGCCGAUGGCGAAGGCGACGAGGACGAGGACGAGGAGCUCGAGUCGCCGACGCUCACACGCGCGCCCGCGUGGGUCUCGCUCCCCGCCGCGCGCCGCGAGACGCCCGAGGCGCUCGGGCUCAUGGCGAUGGCGCUCCCGCCGAGCCUGAGCGGGAGCCCGGGGCCGUCGUCCAGGCGCAACUCGUACCAGCCCGGUGCGGCUGGGUACGCUGCCUCCGGCGCUGCACAUGGAUACGCGCACUAUGCGAAUGGGUACACUGGUGCGGGCGUGCUGAGCAGCAGUCCGGCGCGGAGCAGUCCGCUGCGGAACAGCCCGAGUCAGCGGGCGAAUGCGGCGUUGCCGCCUGUGCCGUUCAACACGGUUUCGGUUGGGACGGGGAGGAGUCCGGCGCGGAGUCAUGUGAAUGUGGUGUUGCCUAGGAUUUCGUCGGAUGAUGAGAACUCGCCGUAUGUCGAUGAUGGUGGUGUCGAGGGUGAGGAUCCGCUGGAUUUGGCGGGGAGUCUUCUCGCUACCUCUACUGGUGAUGCUGAGGGCAUUGACGACGCGGUGAUAGGUGCGCCGGGGAGUAUUAGGCGGGAGGGAAGUGCUGCGAGCGGGAAGAGCGGGACGGCGAUGGGUCCGAUUCGGGUGCGCAAGGGCGCGAAAGCGCGGCCGAGGAGCUAUGUCGAUAUCUUGGAGGACUUUCAUGGGAGAGAGAGGAGUGCAGCGAGCAGCUUUGAUGGGCGCGCGGGGGUGGUGCCUCCGAUGCCGGAUGCGAGCGAGAGGGAGAGAGUUUACGGGGCUAUAGGGCUGCACAGGCGUCCGUCGACGCCUGCGAGCAUUGCCGAGUCGGAUGAGGAGGGCGAAGAGGACGAGGGGGAUGGGCCCCAUCCGGUUCUGGUCGGCCCGGUCGAUGAAGAUGCAGUCGACAUGGCGAAUGAGCUGGACCCCGCCUCCUUCCCGGAACUGCAACCGCGUCGGUCGACGGCGCUCGCCCGCGGCGACGGCGCACCAGGCGAGCGCGAAGACGAACCAACAGUGCGCUUCCGCGUCUCCCGCGUCGAAGACACCGCGCGCCGCGCGAAGCGCUUCUCCGUCCCCGCCAUCGCAUUGCAGACCACGCCCGUCCUCGCGCGGACGGUCUCCCCGCCGUCACCGCCCUCCCCGCCGCUCGCGCGGGAGUUACCUCGUAUCCCGCAGUCUGUCUCUACGCAGGAUCUUCCUCUGCCGAAUGCGACGACAAAGAGCGGGAAGGGGAUCGGCGGGCGGCGAUUUUCGCUCGUUCUGGGUGGAGCGGGCGCGAGAGCGGCGGCGAGGAAAGAGAAUUUGAGUGCGUCGCGUCGGGGGCACGAUGGUCCCGAUGUGGGCGCGGGGACGACGAAGGAGAAGGAGCGCGGUGUGGCUGCGACGGCUCUUUAUGAGCUUCUCAAGGGGCGGAGGCGCAAGGGCGAAGUGUGAGGCGCGAGGUGAUUUGUGAGGUGACGAUCUACAUUGUGUGUUGACAAUUUUUAUAUCAUCUUGGUUUUUGAGCAUUUAACGAUUUCAUCAUUCCACAUCUUGUAAUGCACCGGUAUACCAUAUCGACUUUGAUCUUUCUCGUAUCUCCACAUUCACGAUAUUCUUUCAUGUUUACGUUCACAAGCAUUUGCAUUUACGCAUACUAUAGAGCCCAUCUUUUCACCUGUUUGUUUUAUGAACAGUGUUUUAUACAGCUGAAGACGAUUCAUACGUUGAU